AUGAGCGGCCUGUGGAGAUUCCUUUUACUGAUCGUCGUGAUCUGCGCCUCGGUGGCCUUUGGCCAGGACAGCGCUGAUCGGGAGACGUCCACCGUCAGCCAAGAGGCCGCUCGAGGAUUGGCCAGCAGCUAUGAGCCGGAGGACAAGCAGGCGCUGCGCAAGAACUCGCACAUCUUCAUGGGCAUCUACAAGAACUACAAGAGCACCUAUCUGGGCAACAAGACGACCAGUGAGUACAAGAAGCGACUGCGGGAUCGCGUGAGUGCUCCACCAGUGUCGGAGAAUGAGGCGCCCGAGGCGGCGGUUCCCGAGCAGUUGGAGCCCCGGGAUCCACUGACGCAGGAGAUCCGCCAGGAUGGCCAGGCGGAGGCACUGAUGGAGGCCCACACGGAGUCCCACACGGAGUCCAUCGUCGACGAGGACAGUGAAUCGCUGGCUGGGAAAAAGCGGCGCAAACGCAAGCGCAAGGAUCGCAACAAGCGGCGGGAAACCGAGACGGAAUCUGAGACGGAACAGCCCGAUCCUUCAGCGGAAAACGAGAGCAUGCAGCGGUACCAUGUGGGUCCGGGGCUGAAUGUCAGUCUGGACCUGAGCAACGACAUUGUGCACGUGAAGCUGGACGGCGAGAAUCUCAAGGAGAUCAUCGGAGCUCGCUGGCUAACCCUAGACAACAGCGAAGAAGGUCGCGGUAAGAAGUACGACAUGAUCACCAAGGUCUUGCCACUCUUCAUCCUCCCCUUCCUCAUCCAAUCGGCCAUUGUCCCGUUUUUGGUCACCAAGCUGAAGCUGCUGCUGGUCAAAUCCAUUCUGGUGGGCAAGCUGGCCAUUUUCCUGCUGAUCAUCUCGGCCAUCAAGAAUGGCAACAAGAUGGUCCAGAGCUACGAGGUGCCCUCCUACUGGGCCGGCGAGCCCAGUCGGCGGUCCGAGCUGGCCGCCGCUGCCUCCUCGGCGGCCGCCGCCUACAAUGGCUACCGGGUCGAGGGCAAACCGACCACCUGGAUCAGCUAG